AAGCGCUCUCUGGUUCUUCGGUACAGUCCGAGUUGCCGUUGCUGGCUUUGCUGCUGUGCUUUUUAUUUUUAGAAGCGGGUGCGGGUGACUUGGAGGCUCCCCUGGGUUCGAAGUUGCGCUUCACCUAGCUAAGAGAGGCUAGGAAGAAAAGUCGGCGCUUUGGAAUUUCGGGGAUAAAGCCUACUUUUUAGCUUGUGGAGUUUAAUGAAGACAAUGGACAACUAUUUUCCAGCUUUUUCUGGAGGAAUGCAGAGGUCCUCUUAAGACUAAUGAGCGUUCCAAAAGGUUGGGGCUACUUGACCAUUCUGGCACCACGAAACCUCUUGUAUAUGAGAAGUCACUUCCUCUUUGGCUCAAGAUGUUGGAUGACCCGAUUUUCACCAGAAAUACUCUUCAGAUCAGUUUCAUUUAGGUUUUUUGGUGUGAAGUCUGAUAAUGAAGACAGUGAGCCUUUGAAGAAUAGACUACUGAAUAGCUUACUUACUAUGGGAGUAGAUGUUGACAUGGCCAAGAAACGACAGCCCGGAGUUUUUAAUAGGACGGGUAUUAAUGAGCAGGAUCUGAAGAUGUUCCUUCUGUCCAAAGGAGCUGGCCAAGAAGUGAUUGCUAGCAUCAUAUCAAGAUAUCCACGAGCCUUAACACGCACAACUGAAAAUCUUUCAAAACGAUGGGAUUUGUGGAGAACAAUUAUGACAUCGGACCUUGAAAUUGUAGAUAUUUUGGAACGUUCUCCUGAAUCAUUUUUUCGGUCCAAUAACAACGUAAACCUGGAGAAUAAUAUAAAGUUUCUCUACUCAGUUGGAUUGACCCGGAAGUGCCUUUGUCGAUUAUUGAACAAUGCCCCACGUACCUUCUCCAAUAGUCUUGAUUUGAAUAAACAGAUGGUUGAAUUUUUGCAGGAAGUAUGUUUGUCCUUAGGUCACAGUGAUCCCAUAGAUUUUGUCAGGAAAAUAAUUUUAAAAAACCCUUUCAUCUUAAUUCAGAGCACAAAACGGAUAAAAGCUAACAUUAUGUUUUUACAGUCAACUUUCAACCUGAACAAUGAGGAGCUGCUUGUUCUGAUAUGUGGUCCAGGAGCUGAAAUCCUAGACCUUUCCAAUGGCUGUGCCAAAAGAAACUACACAAAUAUCAAAGAGAAGCUGUGUUCUCUUGGGUGCACUGAACAGGAAGUACAGAAGUUUGUCUUGAGCUAUCUAGAUGUGCUCUUCUUGGGAGAGAAAAAGUUUAAUGAUAAAAUAGAUUGCCUCAUAGAAGAAAAAAUUAGCAUUUCACAAAUAAUUGAAAAUCCUCGGAUUCUAGAUUCAAGCAUAAGUACUUUAAAAAGUCGAAUCAAAGAAUUGGUAGAUGCUGGCUAUAACUUGAGUACAUCAAACAUCUCUCUUCUGUCUUGGAGUCAGAAAAGAUAUAAAACUAAAUUGAAAAUGUUAAACAUGCGAUAGUGCAUUUUUCUGGGGAAUUAAAAAAAUAGUGAUAUAAUUUCACUUUGAAUUUAGGCCUUUCAAAAAGGAGAUGUUUGAUUUCUUAACCACAUAUACAUAUAUAAUGAUUACUUGGAUAUUUUAUUUUAAAGGUUCGUAAAAACUCCUGGUUAGUAUGCUCAAGUAUAGUCUUCCCAGCUACUUUUCCUCUAGUUUGAAUUAAUACAAUAUCCUAUUAUGUGGUAAAGGCCGUGUAAAUGGUACUUUCUGAGUGCCAAGGCAGAACAAUGUAUAUGAAAAGAUAGAAAAUACAAAAUAAGCUUUUUUCAGGUUUUUGUUCAAAUAAAAAAUGGACAGAUUCACUUAGAUCUUUCCAUUUUUUUUCCCAUGGGUUUGAAUGGCACCCUAUUUCUCCUGUUAUUCCCACAUAUCUAAUUAUGGUUCAAAAUAGAAUGCCAGUAAAAAUCUGACAAAACAGAAAGGAGAGAUUUUUCACCCCAAGUUCUACAUUCUUUAUUUAAAACAUUAGUAUUUAACCCAAAUCAAGCCCUCCACUGUAGGCUCAAUUUACUAUGUGUAUAAUCCUGAUUUUUUUGAACACAAAGG